GCUCUAUGUAGAGGUGCGCGCGAGAGCGGGAGGGGCAGGACGCACAGGGAGAGAAACGCACAGAGAGGGAACUUGGGGAGACUUUAAGAGGAUUACCUCAGCCACUGGACGGCUGCGUCUUCUCUAGACUCCAUUGCUAGGGAAGGAAGUUUUAACUAUCGGUUUACUUGUGUUUCAUCUCAUCUGUAAAAAUGACCGGUGGCCCUUUGGGCACUGCGUUGACAGUGGCUUUGCUCGCCUGCACUGUUCAGUGUAUGCCGAAAAAUAGGAGACACGCUCAGGAACACUCGGUGUCAUCCGUGUCCCAAGAUGGUUGUGUUGAGAGUGGUCAGCUUUAUGGAGUUGGAGAGCAGUGGGAGCGCAGUUAUCUGGGCAGCACACUCCUCUGCACUUGUCAUGGAGUUUCUGGAAUAAAGUGUAAAUCAAAGCCUGAAGCUGAGGAAACCUGCUAUGAUAAAGUAAAUGCUCGCUCCUAUCGGGUUGGAGAGACUUAUGAGAGGCCCAAGGAUGGGAUGAUCUGGGACUGCACUUGCAUUGGCUCCGGCCGAGGGAGAAUCAGCUGCACCAUUGGGAAUCGCUGUCAUGAAGGAGGGCACUCCUACAAGAUUGGAGACACAUGGAGGAGACCCCAUGACACUGAAGACUACAUGCUGGAGUGUGUCUGUUUGGGAAAUGGAAAAGGAGAGUGGACCUGCAAACCUGUAGUGGAGCGCUGUUAUGAUAAUGCAGCUGGCACAUCCUACAUGGUUGGUGAGACCUGGGAGAAACCCUACCAAGACUGGAUGAUCGUGGACUGCACAUGCCUAGGAGAAGGAAGUGGACGUAUUACAUGCACAUCCAGAAAUCGCUGUAAUGACCAGGACACACACACUUCUUACCGGAUUGGAGACACGUGGAGCAAGACGGAUUCUCGCGGGCACCUGCUACAGUGUUUGUGUACUGGAAAUGGACGUGGAGAGUGGAAAUGCACGAGGCAUGCGUCACUGCACACCGCUUACCUGGAUGGUUGUGUUGAGAGUGGUCAGCUUUAUGGAAUUGGAGAGCAGUGGGAGCGCAGUUUUCUGGGCAGCACACUCCUCUGCACUUGUCAUGGAGUUUCUGGAAUAAAGUGUAAACCAAAGCCUGAAGCUGAGGAAACCUGCUAUGAUAGAGUAAAUGCUCGCUCCUAUCGGGUUGGAGAGACUUAUGAGAGGCCCAAGGAUGGGAUGAUCUGGGACUGCACUUGCAUUGGCUCCGGUCGAGGGACAAUCAGCUGCACCAUUGGGAAUCGGUGUCAUGAGGGAGGACACUCCUACAAGAUUGGAGACACAUGGAGGAGACCCCAUGACACUGAAGACUACAUGCUGGAGUGUGUCUGUUUGGGAAAUGGGAAAGGAGAGUGGACCUGCAAACCUGUUGUGGAGCGCUGUUAUGAUAAUGCAGCUGGCACAUCCUACAUGGUUGGUGAGACCUGGGAGAAACCCUACCAAGACUGGAUGAUCGUGGACUGCACCUGCCUAGGAGAAGGAAGUGGACAUAUUACAUGCACAUCCAGAAAUCGCUGUAAUGACCAGGACACACGCACUUCUUACCGGAUUGGAGACACGUGGAGCAAGACAGAUUUUCGCGGGCACGUGAUACAGUGUUUGUGUACUGGAAAUGGACGUGGAGAGUGGAUAUGCAGCACUGCACACCACUAGCCUGGGUGGUCAUCGUCCAGUCCAGCCCAAUCCUCACCCCAUCCAAUGGAAAGCGCCAGCUUCUGCAGAGGCAAAUCAAGAUGAAGCGGGGGCCCCAGGCAAAAUUAAAAGAUGAAGCCCUUCUAAAAGAUUAUUUUAGA